GUCACAUUCUUGCCUUUAUAAUCGCUAUAGCGUCGUACUGCCCUUGAUAAUUUUGACUUUUGGCUGCUUGACGUCGAUGCUAUCGAGAUUUCCAGAAACAGGUUGUGAGACACGCAGAACGGCCCGACGAAAAUCAUUUUCAGCGUCUGUUCUACUACUGUCAACGUUGUACCACACAAAGCUCCCCAUCUCCAGACAUCACCAUCACAUCAAAGGUCUGCACUGUCGGACCCGAGUCAAGGGUUCAUAUCCCAGUAGAUGCAUGCGCUGGUGCUCCUAUCCAACCAUAACGGCUCAUCUGGAAGAGAAAGAAAAACAAAAAUAAUGUGGCCCGCGCUCAUGGUGGCUGCCCAGAAUGCUUGGAUUGUAUCCGUGGCGGUAACUUCAUCUUCCUAGUCACGUAGCUAACGUUGGAAUUUGCAAGGAACAGCAGAAUAUUGCCGACGGGCGCCAUUUGAUUUGCAUACACACCGAGGUUUUGGUUAAGAGUGGCGAUAACGUACGACCUCAGCCUCAUCUGUGUCUAGCUUAGGCCACUGUUUGGUGCCAGUGAAUCUGCAUGCAAUGGCGAACUUACUUAUUUUGUGGACCACGCCAUCUGCGAAGGGGUCCUACGCAAAUCUUUUAUGUCCUACUUUGCGCAUGGCUUUUUCUUGCUGUCUCACCACGCAAUCCAUUCUCGGGUGUGAAAGAAAAUCGCCGUUAAUAUUUGCCACCAUCACCGGCUGGACACCAACCUUUGCGAGCCGUUCUUACAUUGUCUGGGUAAUAUAGCGGAACAAACUCUCGUUAUUUACAUGCCGCAUGUAUGCGCACAUUCUACAUCCCAGACAUGACUUUGUUCAACCUGCCUGAGUCAAUACGUCAUCGUAUAUACGAAGAGGUGUUGUCAGAAGGCCGAAAUACGGUCCCACUUCUUCAAACGUGCCGUCAAGUCCUUGCUGAAGCCCAACCUAUUGUCUUUGAAGUCCCUGUCACUUUCAAUUCCCAGUACGAUCUGGUGGAGUGGUUUAGUACGGUGGGUCCAACCUACGCGAGAGGUGUGAAGAAGUUACACCUCACCAUACAAGACCUCGAGGUUUUACCUGCAAACAGAGACAGUGCGCACUUAUCAUGGCCUAGUCUGUCACUUCUGGAGCUUUACCAAAGUGAAGCGGAGAAGGUGACUGAGCUUCUGAGCCGGUUCCCAAAUGUCAUCGAACUCAGCCUGCUUAAACCCGAGACGGUCCGCUCGUACUUGUAUAGCGACUACUACCUCGCCAUUCUCCGGAAAACCACAGCUGAUCUUUCGCACCUCAAAAGCAUUGAGUUCCAUAGCGAUGAAUAUCCUUUGCAAUUUGCCAAAUCUUUACCAGCCUUGCGAAAACUGUCGUUCACGGGCUAUUCGAGAAGUUCGCCGAUGGAGACUUCAAGCAUACUUUCGCGCCUCAGGCACCUUGAAGAGCUUGAGCUCAUUCUGCCUACAACACCUACCGUGUUCGGUGGCCUUGAGAUUGAGACAACUUUACCGAAGACGCUUUCUUUGACACGAGAAGUCAUCCGCGACCUUCGCGGUCUUAAGAGCUUUGUCCUGCGGGAGCUCAAGGACAGCUUCAACAGGCUGCCCGUGUUUUGUACCUCGCGUUUCAUACAAGCGCUUGAUUCGACGCAUCGGCCGACUCUGCAGAAACUUAAGAUUGACCUCAGCUUCACACCAGAUGUGCCAAGUCAACGAGCAAUCAAAGCGCUCUGCUCCUCUUCCAAUCUAAAGCAUAUCGAUGUUGUGUGGCCAGGUAUGCGAGGAGACUUACUCAAUUCUCUACCUAAGAAUUUGGUUUCGCUGAGAACAGCACCAACCUUUGGCCGACCACCGUAUUGGGUCAUGCAAGUUGUGCAGUGGAAGCGUGCAGACCUGCCUAAUCUUCGGGAGCUUUGCUUAGUGGGGGACUCCAGAUCUUCCGCCUUGACUCAUUCGGUAGGAACCUGAAUUGAGAAGGUUAGACGCUUUGAUACUAAUGGAUACGACAUAGUCCACAACAACCCAAGCAUUCAGGUCAGCCAAGACCUUGCUCACUUCCUUGGGUAUUAAAGUAUACGUCGAAUCGUUGCAAGUUAGCGCUGGAGCCGCGCGCAACCGAUCGACUUCUGGCGGAAAUAGCCUUGUUAGACACUCAUGCUGAGCGUGUUUGUCAAGUCUCUGUGCAUUUGAUUAUCGGCGGUCAACUUGGUUCUUGAUUGAAGAUUUGGAGUAUAUAUUGAUCGAGAUACCUGAACAUCCAUUGUUUGCAUUCAUUUACGUAGCAACAAUGACGACUUCGUUCUUCUUUUCCUCUGGGAAA